CCCCGCGUCAGAGGCACACAAACCGGGCGGCCCGUGUAUUAAUAUCCUGCCAUCCUCCGUGUCUGGUCGAGCUUCCCCUUCUCCCUUCUUCCUCUCUUCAGCCAAACAAGCCAACUCACAAGCAACGCCAGCUUUUGACUCUCUUUGACUUCGGUCGUCCAUUCUUUAACCCAACGCUCCAAGCUCCAAGCUUCCGUCUCUCUUUCCCACCACCCUUGACCUUAUUCACAUAAAGUUCUUUCACCAACACUACAUACCAAACAACAAAGAUGCGUUUCUCUACCGUUGCUCUUCUGGCCGGCUCGGCCCUGGCCCACGGCGGCCACGAGAGCGUCGCCCCUACGUCCACGGACUACACCACCACCCUGGUCACCGUCACUGCUUGCCCGUCGACCGUCACCAACUGCCCUGCCCACUCGCAGACCAGCAGCGUCGUGACCAGCCUGGUUCCCGUCACCACCUCGACCGUCUACACCACCAAGGUCCACACCAUCACCUCGUGCGCCCCGACGGUCACCAACUGCCCGGCUCACAGCACCAUCAUCACCACCGAGACCAUCCCCAUCUCGACCACUGUGUGCCCCGUCGGCCCUAGCACCUCUGCUGGCCCUGGCCCCUACCCCAACAGCACCAUUGCUGUUCCUACCGGUGGUGCCUCGUCGGCUCUGCCCUCCGGCCCGGCCACGACGGUCCUGCCCAGCGGCCCUGCCACCACCGCCGCUCCCGUCUGCCCCAGCCACUCCGUCACCGCCAUCACCAAGAGCUACACCACCGUCCUCACCUCGGUUGAGUACUCUACCAUUAAGGUCCCCUGCCCUACCGAGACCCAGGGCCCCAGCGGCACUGUCACUCCCCCUGUUGUCACGCCCCCCCCUGCUGGCAACACCUCGGUCCCCACUGGUGUUCCUCCCCCCGUCACUGCCGGCGCUGCCUCCUUCGCCGGCUCGGCUCUCUUCGCCGUUGCCGCCGGUGUCGCCGCCUACGUCUUCGCUUAAAUUCGUUUUCGUUUCAACUUGAUAUGAGUUGAAGCCAGGAGGCUACGGCAAAUAUUUCUCACGACAAGGCAUUAUAUCUCGGGAUUCUUCCGGUUGGACAAUGUACAGAGUUUAACCUAGACCUGAAAUAUUACUAGCAUUAUUUAUUUUGACGGCAAACGGUAAAGAGCAAAAGGGUCACAUCAUCCAAUGUAUUUAAUCUUCUAAUUGCAAUGGGCGGGCGUUCGGGAGGUCCCUCCUUUGGAUAAGGGGUGCUGACCUGGAUGUCCAGCUUUCUUGAAACACAACCUUUAUUUGACCCGCCUAUGAUGAUGAUGAUGUUUUGAUGGUAGUGGUGGCAGCAAGCAGCACGCGGACGGUGAGAUCUGAUGCGGCAUGAGCAUCUGUGCGCGGGGAUGAGACACGGGCCUCACGGGACGAUCUGACACACAAGGUGAAGACAGCUUGGCACGCACGCUCUGCCCGGUAGUAGGAAUAAAGAAGCAGUUGAGCCCCCCCUUCCAUCCUUCCAUCCCUCCAAGACGCGAGCACACCAAGACUGGGGGCCAAGAAAGCAAGGUGGGCGCCGAGAAAGACC